AUGGGCUAUACUCUUGCUGUCGUCGGAUGCGGUACCAUGGGCGUCGCCAUCCUCUCCGGCGUCUUCUCUUCCCUCGAAGAACGCCAGUCCCUCCCCCCCAAGCUUACCUCUUCCUCCGACGAGCCCCCUUCCGGCAUCUCCACUCCAACCGCCUCCCAAUUCUUUGACGCUCCCGAAGCCUCUCUCCCCAGCCGCUUCAUCGCCACAACAGGGCGGGAAGAGACUGCCCGCAAACUCCGCAAGACCUUGGCCGACAUCGGCAAGCUCGGCCAAGGCGUCGACAUACACGCUGGGGAUGGGAAUGUCAAGGCGGUGCAAGAAGCUGAUGUGGUGUUGGUGUGCUCAAAGCCAAAUAUCGCAAAGUCGAUCUUGGAGCAAGAGGGUAUGGGCAAGGCGUUGGAGGGCAAGCUGGUGAUCUCCAUCUGCGCGGGUUUGAAAAUCUCGCAGUUGAAGAGCUGGGUGCCCCAAAGCACCACUAUUGUGCGUGCCAUGCCCAACACUCCCUGUAAAAUCGGAGAAGGUAUGACCGUCGUUACUCCCGUUUCCGACGCCUUCUCCCGUACCCUCAUCCUCAACAUCUUCACUUCGUGUGGCCGAUGUCGAUUCUUGGACGAAAAGCACUUUGACGCUGCGACCGCGCUUGCUGGGUCGGGUCCUGGAUUCGUAGCGCUGGUCUUGGAGGCGAUGACGGAUGGAGGAGUGAUGAUGGGUUUACCAAGAUCUGAGGCUAUCGAGCUGGCCGCCCAAACUAUGCAAGGAACCGGGCGUAUGGUCCUCUUCAGUGGCCAGCACCCUGCUCAGCUGAAAGACAGCGUCACCACUCCCGGUGGCUGUACCAUGGCUGGCUUGUUGACGAUGGAGGACGGCCGAGUGAGAUCAACGAUGGCCCGUGCUAUCCAGGUGGCUACAAAUCAUGCUGCCGGCUUGGGACAAGAUAAGAAGUAA